UCCAAUCUGUUUCCGGAAGUGACGCUAAAAGGCCCUCCCCGAGGAAGUGACGUCGGGCGUGCCCUUGACGGGCGGGGAGGGCUGGGCUGUGCGUCCCUCUGCUCGCGCUGCAGGGAGAUGGCUCAGCGACUUCUUCUGAGGAGGUUCCUGACUUCAGUCAUCUCUGGGAAGCACCCUCAGGCUCGGUGGGCACCUCUCACCUCCAAGGCCCUGCAGACCGCACAGUGCAGGCCUGGUGACCUGACAGUAACACCCAGCCCAGCCCGAACAAUAUACACCACCAGAGUCUGUUCAACCACCUUCAACAUCCAGGAUGGGCCUGACUUUCAAGAUCGAGUUGUUAACAGUGAGACACCAGUGGUUGUGGAUUUCCAUGCACAGUGGUGUGGUCCCUGCAAGAUCCUGGGGCCAAGGUUAGAGAAGAUGGUGGCCAAGCAACGCGGGAAGGUGGUGAUGGCCAAGGUGGAUAUUGACGACCAUACAGACCUUGCCAUCGAGUAUGAGGUGUCAGCUGUGCCUACUGUGCUGGCCAUCAAGAAUGGGGACGUGGUGGACAAAUUUGUGGGCAUCAAAGAUGAAGAUCAGCUGGAGGCCUUCCUGAAGAAGCUGAUUGGCUGACAGGCAGGGUAGAGUCCUGACUGCCCUUGCCCGCCUGGGACCCUGUCCUGGGAAGGAGCCCAGUAGAACGCAACCCUUGUGUGCCAGCCCUACCUGCCCCUCCCUUCUGUCUGGCCCCUGUGGGCCUGUGCUUUGGAAACCAGCCUCCGAACAUGGGACCCACCAGUGCUUCUAAGCUGGCCAACUGCCAGGGUGACCAGCAAAGGAGGGGUGAGCUGCCGUUCUGGAGAUGCCGUCUUCCUGCCUAUCUCCUUUUGUGUGCUCCCUCUAGGGCCUUUUGCUGUUCUCUAGGAAGCUAGAGAGAGCCCAAGGAGCAGACUGUCCACAUGGGACAGCUCAGUCCCCACCUCCUGGUCCCUUUUGAUCUGAAUGCUCAGAUAGGCUCAUCUGCCUCCUGCAUUUUCCUUUCCUGCUGCUGUUUUGUGUAAAGAAAAGGAAGGAAACAAGAAGCCAAACAAAUGAGAGGAAGUACAAUUCUCUCCUUUUUUGUAGGUUUGUAAUAAAGAACUUCAUGUGACCCCUUCUACUCCUGCUAUGGAGAGCAGACCCUGUUCCCCACACUAACCCCCUGCGGCCACCUGUCCCCACUUCCUAGGUGCGAGGGCAGAGGGUAGCAUGGGGCUGUGGGCUCUCUCGCUGACCAACCCAUUGGUUCUCAGAGCAGGAGGCACAACUGUGAACAAACCAGACCAAUAAAACCAGGGUUUGUACUGUCGACAGCUUCCAUUUUGUGGGUGCUGAAGGUCCUGAGUGGGUCCCUUCCCCAGGCUCCAGUGCUGUCCUGUUUCAUCUUCCUCCUCUGACCAGCUCUUAAUGUGUUAUCCACAAUGUGCAUCAUACAUCCCAUACCCUCAGGAUGUUGGCUCUGUUACCCAGACACACGGACAUGGGGCACAAAUGGGUUUCCACCCAGAUGUGGUCACCUCUGCAACCUGGACCUUUAUCAUCCAUCCCCUUCACCCUUGUAGGG